AUGAGUGAUAUUGAUUUAAGUGAUGGCCACGGCUAUGACUCUGAUAAAGAUGGGGAAUUCAUACCACAUCAAGAAACAUCAAACAAAACAUGCAGAAUACAAAUUCGCGGCCGCUAUUACAACGUUCCCAGGUCAUCUUCAAGCAGUAGUAGUAGCAGUGAAAAUCAUAAUUCAAUUUUAGAAACUGAUUUAAGAAGAAAAAAACCUGGUUGCUCUGUGAUUAAGAAAUUAACCAUAAAUAAUAAUAAUAGGCAUGAUUUAAAAUCCAAAAAUCUGCAAAUGCAAUAUGAUGCAAGUAAAGAUGCUUCUUCAAAUUUAGAAACUGAUUCCAGCAGGAGUCAGCCUGGUUGUUCUAUGAUCCGAAUACUAGGGUCUCCAGCGAGAAAACAAGAUUCGGUAAACAAUGAAAUCCACAUCGAAGAAGCAUCUGAAGAAGAACCCCGUCCUCAGGAUUCUGAUAGUAACCAUAUCUCAGAAAAUCCUCAAAAUCCAACAACUGGUCCUAGAGAAGAUAUAAUCGAUGAAACAAAAAAAAAGUUGUCACGAAAACGGAAGAAUAAUACUUCAGAAUGGGCAUGUAAUAUAAGAAAAGCAAGAUUUGAUCGGGGCCUUGACUAUAUUUCUUCCCGAAAAAAAGCAGUUCCGGCAAGAGAAAUUAAAAAUACAAAAGAUUGUAUCCAGAAAUGCUUAUUUAAGUGCUCUCGCAAAAUAAGUGACGAUCAAAGAAAGGAAAUUUUUAAAAACUAUUAUUUGCUUUCUGCUGCUGAAAAGAAAAAUUAUAUUUUACACACCACCGAAGUUGAUGUUCCUUGGAGAAGAAGAAAAGGCAAGAAUAAUGAAAAUUCUAAAAAGAGUAGAACCUUUAGGUUUUACUUUGAGUUAAAUGGACAUAAAAUUCAAGUAUGCAAAGCUUUCUAUACUGGCACGUUAUGUAUUAGCCAGAAACCAAUCUAUACAGUUCAUGGAAAUAAAACCUUGACCAAUACAUUACGUGAAAGUAAGCAAGGAAAACAUCAAAAACGGGUAACAUCACCUGAAGAUAGUGAUUUCGUUAAGUUGCAUAUUAACAUGAUUCCGCGAGUGGAAUCACAUUAUUGUCGCAAGAAAAGCAACAAAGAAUAUUUCGAAAGCGAAAUGAGCAUUAAAAAGUUGUAUGAAUUGUAUUUAGAAUAUGCAAAGGAUCAUGAAAAAACACCGGUUUCAUUUUGCGUAUAUAGAAAAAUAUUUUGCAAUUCUUUCAACAUAGCAUUUCAUAAACCACGAAAAGAUAGAUGCGAUACUUGCGAAGAAAUGAAAGUGAAAAAACAAGAGAAUACGGUAGAUGAGAAGUCAGAAAGAAUGCAUAUAAAUCAUAUGAAAGAAAAAGAAUACAUGAGGGAACAGAAACAAAAAGAUAAGGAAAGUGGAAAGCCCAUAUUAUGUUUUGAUCUCGAAAACGUGUUAACUUGUCCAAAGGCAGAUAUAAAAAACUUUUUUUAUAAGAGCAAAUUGAAUGUUUACAACAUGACUGGUCACCUAUCCGUCGGAAAAAAAGUUUAUUGUGCGAUAUGGACCGAGGCUUUACAUGGGAGAACAGGAAAUGACAUGGCAAGCGCGGUCUAUAAAAUAUUGGAUAAAAUAAUGGAGGACCAUCCAGAAUUUACAGAAAUAAUUUUGUGGAGCGAUAGCUGUGUUCCUCAGAACAGAAACAGUCACAUGAGCUAUGCUCUCUCUCACCUUAUUCAAACCCACAAAAAUCUACAAAAUAUCACAAUGAAAUUUUCUGUUCCAGGACAUUCUUGUAUUCAAGAAGUAGAUGCAAUCCACAGCUCUAUAGAAAGGUCAUUAAAUAAAGUAGAGUAUUAUUCUCCGGUGUCACUUCUUCGCUUCCUACUGAAAGUAAACCGACAAAAACCUUACACAGUAAUUCAGAUGAAGAAACAAGACUUCAUAGAUUUUCAGUCCUAUUCAAGUCAGUUGAAUUACAACACUGUCCCAUUUUCAAAAAUAGUAUCUUUACAAUUUUCAAGAAACUUUUAUGAACUGAAGUAUAAGGAAUCUUUUGAACCGACAGGAGAAUCUGAGGCAUACAAGACUGUAAACUUGCAUCAACGAAAAUUGCGAAAGGCUCACGUUACGGUCGAAACAGAACCGACCAUUCCUUUGACAUUAAAAAAGUGUGAUAAAAUUGUUGCACUGCCACAAGCUAAGCGCCACUGGUGGCACCCCGGUAAGGGUCAACCAACCGUCAAGUAUUGGGUAGCGAAGCACGGAUCUUCGUACGUGCUGCAGAAGCACGCAUCGACCUUGCUCCACGGUAAAGCGGAAGCAAAGUCGACGCGGGCAACUGCUUUAUAA